GCAAGUUCAAGUUCAAAAUGGACGCCGGAAAAUGCCGAGGUGGUAAGAAUUUUGAUGGAGAUCGGAUCGAUGUGUCCGUGCCGGCUCACGGCUCAACCUUGAAGUACAGCGGCAUACCUGGAGGACGACAGCCAGUAUGCUUGGGAAACGGGGCAACUGAAUAUCGUUCGGAGCCUUCACUUGCGCAGAGAACGGGGAUGAAGACCAAGUCUUGACUACUGAUGAGAAUGAAUGAAUACACUCCGAUGUCUGCGCUAGAAGCUGUCCAGCCAAUGGGCUCCAUACCUUUUAUGUAUCCCAGGACUUUUUAUGGCUUCACCCAAGGCCCGGCCACGCUCCACGCUUUGCGUCUACUCUGGAUUACCCGAGGACGGCCACACCUUUUUGACUGAUUUUCUCCGAUUUCCGGAUCAUGUGUACGACAUUCUCAUCCUUGUCAGCGAUCCUAUUGGCUGGUUACCUUCAUUCAUGAGCAAGCACGCCUCGAUGUAAACCGCUAUCCAUCGAAGGCUGCGGACGAAAAUUAUAGUUGAGGUCUUUAACCGGCUCCCAAAGGCCCGAAUUUGGAUCCAUGCCCCUGAAGACAUCCGCUGUAUCAUUCCUAGUCACACGUUAAGCUAUCGCAAAGAUGAACUUGUUCUGAAACACAAACACAUACUUCAGUCAUG